AUGGCACUCCCCAAGAAGGCGCAAUCGCAAUGGUGCCGAUUCUGGUUCUACGCCAAGGAGUACACUCCCCCCGGCGAGGUCUGCAUCCCUCAGUACGAUCCUGAGCCCAACGUCCCGCGGCGUCUCAACGUCCGAUCGCUGCCGCGCGAGCAGGAGGAGGUGGUGAAGGGGAUGCGCCAGGCGAUCCAGGCGCUGAAGGACAACGGCUUGACGGCGGCCAACAUAAAUUAUGGAUACAUUGGAGAAGUAUCACGCACCGAGUCGGACUCCGAAGCGAGGGACUUCGUCCGACUCCCGCGCGGGGCGAAGAGGGGCGCAACGUCUUCGUCGCAGGGCGCGCCAAGGCCGCCGGAGGGCGACGAGGACGAAGAGGCGACCUCGCACCCGGAGGAAGGGGAGCCCUCGAGGGGAGAGGCCGAGCCGCAGCCCAAGCGGCUGCGCCCGACUAUCCUUGAGGGUUCCAUAAAGCUCCAGCGCCCUCUGAAGGACGCCAUCGAUGCUGGGGCCCGAGCCGGUCCUGGCGUGAAGGCGAUCCCCACGGUGAAGUCCAAGAGGAAGGUCUUGGCAAGACCCGCCUCGAUUGGGGCGGAUGCUACGAGGGCGGCCGAGGCGAGGAAGGCGGCCGACCUGAAGAAGGCCGCAGAAGCGAAGAAGGCGCCCUCCGACCCUAUGGACACGGGGUCAGCUCGGGAAGAGCCUGUCGCUGCGAGCAAGGCGGGGGAUGCGAGCGCCGGCCGCGUCGAGCCCGUUGUCAAGAUCUUCCCCUUGGCCAGCGUGGGUCGCGGGGGCGCGGCGAGCGCAACGAUGGGACCAGGUGCCGCUCCCCCGGUGGUAGAGGAGGAGUCGGCAGACGUCGGGUCGACUGAAGCCCAAGGGGCAGAUGUCGUGGCGCCCGAGGUCGAAGAAGACACCGCCGAGGAGGGCGGCCUUUCGGCGCCGAUGAAGGAGCGCCGGUCCAAGGCCACUAGGGACCGAGUCCGUCCUCCGCCUUCGGCUCUGACUUUUACUGAGCUCCACACGGCGCUCGGUGAAGUGCAUGUGGCGGAGGUGAAGCGACUGACGGCGCUUGUGGAGGAGGCAGCGCAGAAAAACCGCAAGCUCAUUGCCCUAGGCACCGAGUUCCGGGCGAAGCAGGCCGAAGAGGAGCGAAAGAAGGCGAAGGCGGAAGUGGCGGACCUGACGAAGGUCCUGGAGGACAAGGGCCGGGAGCUGGAGGACGUCAUCACGGAGUACAAGGGGAAGCUGGAGGCCGCGACAGAGGCGCGGGAUGCCGCGCGGGGGGCCACCGCAGCCCUGCGAGAAGAAGUUGCGGCCUUGAAGCUGCAACACGCCAAGGAGUUGGCCGCGGAGAAGGAGGCGUCCGAGGGCAUCGUCCUGGCGGUGUGA